AUGAAGUGCAAGACGAUCCAGGUGCUGUGGCACGGCAAGGACCCGGUCCUGAGCGUGGACUUCAACCCCGCGACCGGUCAGCUCGCGUCGUGCGGCACGGACAGAGAGAUCAAACUCUGGCGCGUCGGCCGAGACGCGGAAGGGAACCCGGAGGUGACGCACGAGGACACGCUCACCGCGCACACGAAGACGGUGAACGUCGUGCGAUUCUCCCCAGGCGGCGACGCGCUCGCGUCCGGGGGCGACACCGGCGAGGUGCUCCUCUGGCGCCCGGGCGUCGGCAGCACGAACCAUCACGGCGACGCGACGUCGUGGCGACAGAGCGGCGUCCUCCGCGGGCACUCCGACGACGUCUUCGACCUCGCGUGGGCGCCGCUCGGCGUCGCGCUCGUGACGGGCAGCGUCGAGAACACGUGCAUCGUGUGGGACGUCGCGAAGACGAAAGGGGUGUUCCGGUUGGAAGGGCACGCGCACUACGUUCAGGGCGUCGCGUGGGACCCGAGAGGCGAGUAUCUCGUCAGCCAGAGCGGCGACCGCACCGUGCGACUGUUCGCGUCUCGCGGGGUUCCGCACCCGAUCGCGUCGCCGCGCUGGUGCAAGAACGUGUCGUGCCAAGAGAUCUUGUCGCGCGGGGAAGAGAACGCGGACCCGUCCGCGGCGCCCGGGACGGCGCGCUCGAAGCCCGGGAAGCAGGCGCUGUAUCACGACGACACGAUGCAAUCGUUUUUCCGGCGGCCGGCGUGGAGCCCGUGCGGGUCGUUCCUCGCGACGCCGUCGGGGACGCACAAGGAGCACGCGGGCGCGAGAGAGCAGCACGUGACGUACUUGUUCGAGAGGGAUAAGUUCUCGAGGCCCGCGGUGCGGUUGCCCGGGUUGAGCCCCGCGGUCUGCGUGCGAUUUUCGCCGACGUUUUACGCGAAGAAAGACGCGAGCGCGACGACGACGACGCCGACGACGGAGGCUGACGCGUCGCUCGUCCCCGCGAAGCCGUACCGCGUCGUCUUCUGCGUGUGCACGACGGACACGGUCACGGUGUACGAUACCUCGGAGACGACCCCGCUCGCGUUCAUCGGCGGCUUACACUACGCCGCGAUCACGGACGCGGCGUGGUCGCCGGACGGCAUGACGCUCGUCGUGUCGUCCAGCGACGGGUACUGCUCCGUGGUGACCUUCACGGAGAGCGAGCUCGGGCGGGUGUUGACCCCGGAGGAGGUGCCCGAGCACGUCAGGGGCGAGAUGCCGGAGGUGAGGGUGCGCGCGGUGAAGGAGGCUGCGGAGAGGGCAGCGGCCGUCGCGGAGGAGAAGCGGGAGGCGACCGCGCUCGCGGCGGCGGAGAAGGAGAAGGCGGCGGCGGCGGCGGCGGGCGCGGGCGCGGAGCUCCCCGCGAACGGUCCGCGUCGCGUCGCGCCCGCGCCCGUCGCGGACGCGAACGCGAACGCGAACGCGAACGCGAACGCGAACGCGAAUGCGCCGCGUCGCGUCGCGCCCGUGCCGGUGAGCGAGCCCGCCGGGGACGCGUCCGCGGUGCCGAAACGCAUCGCGCCGGAGCCCGUGGCGGAUCCGGCGACGACGGCGGCGCCCGCGGCGAGACGGAUCGCGCCGGAGCCGAUGUGA